AUGAAGGCAGUUCCACUCACCAUUCACUGGCACGAACACAACCAGCCUAUUUAUAGUGCUCACUUUGAGCCAAACGGCAAAGGAAGGCUUGCAACUGCGGGUGGAGACAACAAUGUUCGCUUGUGGAAAAUCCAAGGCGAAGGCGACGAAAAGAAGGCUGUCUACCUGAGUACACUCGCCAAACACAACCAGGCUGUCAAUGUUGUUCGUUUCUGCCCUCGAGGCGAGAUGAUAGCGUCCGCUGGAGACGACGGGAACAUUAUUCUUUGGGUUCCAGCAGAACCAACACACCGCGCGGGCCCGGGAUUUGGAGAAGAUGAUCUCGAGGAUAAGGAGACGUGGAGAUUGAAGCACAUGUGCAGAUCCAUGGGUUCGGAAAUCUACGACCUUGCGUGGUCACCAGAUGGGAUGUUCUUCAUUACUGGGAGCAUGGACAAUGUUGCUCGAGUUUGGAAUGCGCAGACAGGGCAAAUGGUUCGACAAAUUGCCGAGCACAAUCACUAUGUCCAAGGCGUUGCCUGGGACCCACUGAACGAGUUUGUUGCGACUCAGAGCUCAGACCGCUCAGUGCACAUUUACACACUAAAGUCCAAAGAUGGACAAUUCUCCCUCUCACAGCACGGGAAGCUUUCGAGAAUGGACCUGCCCCCACGGAGACGGGUGUCCUCGAGCAGCCCCGCCCCGCCGGAUUUCCAGAGGGGGAGGGAGUUUGAUAUGGGAUCGGCAAUUGCAAUUGCGUCGCCUGCCCCGUCUACCCCCGGGACACCAACUGGAUUUUCUCUCCCGAUGAACCCGCCUAUUCUUGCUGCUAGCAGGCGGAGCUCCUUCAGUUCUUCACCCUCAAUGCGCCGCUCCACAUCGCCUUCCCCGGCUUUGCCCUUGCCUGCUGUCAAACCUAUGGACUUUUCGCCAAAGGUUCACGGCCUAGGGGUCAAGAACGCAAACAUAUACUACAAUGAGACAUUGACGUCUUUCUUCCGUAGACUGACCUUUACUCCCGAUGGGAGUCUUCUCCUAACCCCGGCCGGACAGUACAAGACGUCCAAUCCAACAGCCGGUGAUGGCGUGAAGAACCCCGAUGAGGUUAUCAACACUGUAUAUAUCUAUACCCGGGCUGGGCUGAACAAGCCGCCAAUUGCACAUCUGCCAGGUCACAAGAAGCCUUCAAUUGCGGUGAAGUGCUCACCGGUAUUCUACACAUACCGGAAGGCGCCAGCUACCACGAAGCACAUAACCGUAGACACAUCAUCCGACAUGGACUCGAUCCCGUUGUUGCCCCCACCCGCAGUAGCCGCCCAGGAGCCCACUUCAACCCCCGGAUCACAGUCCGGCAACUCGGAUUCGCCAUCCUCGUCGGGGACGCCUACAAACUCGGCAUUCUCACUCCCGUAUAGGAUUGUGUAUGCCGUUGCGACACAGGAUGCGGUUUUGAUAUAUGACACCCAGCAGCAGACGCCGCUUUGCAUUGUCAGCAACCUGCAUUAUGCGGCGUUCACCGAUCUUACAUGGUCACCUGACGGCAAUACUUUACUCAUGACGUCGACGGAUGGGUUCUGUUCUGUAGUUGUGUUUUCGCCAGGGGAGCUCGGAGAGAAGUAUACUGGGCCCAUCCCCACGGCGGCGCCAACCCCUCCCUCUUCCACACCCACCAACCCGACCUCGACACCAUCGUCCUCUAAGGUUUCCUCGACACCCACGCUCCCUCCAUCCCCUGCGCCCCCAGUCCGCCAGCCCAACUCGCCGACCAGGUCUUCAUCGGCGUCGUCAGUGACAACGCUGAGCUCACUAGCUAGUGCCAUCAACAAUCCGACUCCAACCGUCGGAAGCCUCCCGAGCGUUUCGGUCGCCGGAGUGCCAAUGACUACACCCCCGCAGACCCCGCUCAGUGCCACCGGCGGGAGUGUUUUAGGGAAGAGAGAUGAACAUACGGCUGCAACAAAGACGGAGGAGGCGUCGGACGUAGCUACAGGCGGGGACAAGAAGCGGAGGAGGAUUGCGCCCACGCUUAUUACGGUGGACACAGGUUCGAAGGCGGAGAAGACGCCGAAUAAGGAGUAA